GGAGAGGUCCAUGGAUGUUGUAGGGCACAGACCUUUCUUCUUAACAUCAUUGCUUCUACUAGCACAGACAAAGCAUUCCCUCUAAAGACAAUAAAUAUUAACAUGGCUAGGCUCUGUUGGCUUCCAUUUGCAUUCUUUCUCAUCCUUGCAUUGAGUUUUACUAUUCAAACGGCAAAUGCUGGCAAGGAAGGAUCACUUCACCUUGAAGACUGUCCCAAGGCCUGCGAUGUUCGGUGUUCGAAAACACAUCACAGGAAGCCAUGUUUGUUCUUCUGCGACUAUUGCUGCAAGAGGUGUUUGUGCGUUCCCUCCGGUACGUAUGGCAAUAGGGAGGAAUGUCCAUGCUACAACAACAUCAAAACCAAGGAAGGCAAGAAUAAAUGUCCAUGA